AUGGAGGGUAACGCGGCUUUGGAACUGGCGUUGAGGACGGGCUAUCCAGUGUUGGUCGCAAUGCUGGACGAUCUGAAAUACAUGUUCAGCCUGCAGGGAGCUAUGCCAAGUCCUCAAGUCAUCAACCUGUACAUCUGUGUUCCUGCCAUUAAGCUCGACAACCGUUGUCUGGACCUUGGAUUAGCAGGAAAGAUCUCGUCACUCCAGGUAAUCAAGGCCCACGUCAUCUGUUCCUUAUGCUUCCCAACGGAGGUGGAGGAAGUGGAAGCCGAGUUGAGGCAGGCGAUCGACAUCCACCACGCCAGCAACCCUCCGACGCUUGAGAUCAUAAGAUACGGUGAAGAUAAAAUGGUGAACUCUGAUUCAGAUCCGCAGAUGUUUGAACGACAAAAAUGGAGGGAGGGCUAUAGAGUCUGGGAACAAGUUGUGCAUCAGAAGCAACUUCAUAGGUUACUGUGGCGUGAGGCAUUGGAGAUGGUUCAGCAGAAAUCCGACAUGAAUCUCAGCGGUGAUGCAGAACAUCAGACGGAGGACAUUGAGGAUAUGGAACAGGCGCUCGAGAUACUCACGGUUGAAUAUCCACGGUUGGCUCAAAUGCUGGAGGAACUGAAAACUGCACUCAGCUUUCAGGCAGAGGAUGAGGAUGAGGACGAUGAGGACGAGGAUGAGGAUGAGGACGAGGUCACUGAGGAGGUGGUCUCCGCAGCCUCUGUCUGA